AUGUCACCGGUGUCAUUUAAUGUGAAUCCUGAAUACGCGCAAAUUACGGAAAUUGUACGUGGCUUAUUCAUCUGCGGUGUUAGCUCUUUAACGGCUGAAAACAUGAAAAAAUAUGAUAUUUCAUUCAUUGUCAAUGCUACUAACGAGGUACCAAAUGUGCAGUCAUUAGGCAAUAUUCCACGAGUAAAACUGUGGCUUGAAGAUACCCCACAGGCUUCUAUUUAUCCUUUGCUAGACCAACAAACUGACCAGAUUGAGGCGGUAAUAGCAAGUGGUGGCAAUGUAUUGGUGCACUGUGUGGCUGGGAUAUCGCGAUCUGCUGCUAUUUGUCUAGCAUUUCUUACUAAAUUCCGUUGCAAAUCACUUAGGCAGGCUUAUCAGUUGAUGGCUCAGAAACGACCAGUUGUUAAGCCAAACAUUGGAUUUUGGCGGCAACUUAUUGCAUACGAACAGGAUAUCAAACAAAGUGUAGGAACAAUUCAGUUAAUCAGAGACAAAACACAUCUUGAUCAAGUUAUUCCAGAUGUUUAUUUGGAUAAGGAAACUGGAUUCCAAAAACUAUCAUUUAUAAGAAAUGCCGAUGAAUAUGAAAAUGGAUGUAACUGUGAGAGCCGAAAUCGGCGGAAUUCAGGCGGCAGAUUGAAAUUUCAGCCAGUGUUAGAACCUGUGCUGGAAUGUGUCGAAGCUACUGCAUAA